CCCCCGGCCGCGGCCAUGCUGCCCGGGGCCCGUGCGCUGCGGGCGGCGGGGCUGCUCCGCCCGCCCGGGGCCGUCCCCCGUACUGGGGUCGCCCGCAGGGCGCGCCGCGGGUCGGGACAGCGGCCGGUGGGGCGCGGCUUCGCGCUGCCCGCGGGGCCAGACCUGCGGCACUUCCUGAGGGCAGCUGCCGCGGGGCAGCCGAGGCCGUCGCCCGAGCUGCCGCCUGAGCCGGGCUCUGCCCCCGGGGCCCCGAAAGUGUACCUGGAGACCUACGGCUGCCAGAUGAACGUCAGUGACACCGAGAUCGUCUGGGCCAUCCUGCAGAAGAAUGGCUAUGCCAGGACAAAGGAGCUGGAGGAGGCAGAUGUGGUUCUUCUUGUCACCUGUUCCGUGAGGGUACCUUGUAGUACGGCCAAGGCACUUUUUCUCCCCAGGAGCUUAGUCCCUAAAGUGUCUCUGCAGUGCAGAUGCUCUCCACUGGCAAAGAAAGUGCUAGCAGAUAAGACAGAGGCAAGACAUAAUCCCCGCACCACAAAGGGCACUCCCAGGGAGAAGGCAGAGCAGGCCAUCUGGAACCGUCUGCAGCACCUCAAGGCGCUGAAGGCCCGGCGGCCCCGGGCUCGUGCUCCGCUCCGCGUCGGGAUCCUGGGAUGCAUGGCCGAGAGGCUUAAGGAGGAGAUUCUGCACAGGGAGAAGCUGGUCGAUGUCGUGGCAGGCCCUGAUGCCUACCGUGACCUUCCCCGGCUGCUGGCAGUGGCAGAGUCUGGCCAGCAAGCUGCCAAUGUCCUGCUGUCCCUAGAUGAGACCUAUGCUGACAUUCUGCCUGUCCAGACUAGUGCAGGUGGCACGACAGCAUUUGUGUCCAUCAUGCGGGGCUGUGACAAUAUGUGCAGUUACUGCAUCGUGCCCUUCACCCGAGGCCGGGAAAGGAGCCGUCCCAUCGCCUCCAUCCUGCAGGAAGUGAGGAUGCUCUCGGAUCAGGGAGUGAAAGAAGUGACCCUCUUGGGUCAGAAUGUCAACAGCUUUCGAGACCUGUCUGAGGUGCAGUUUCAGUCAGUGGCUGCCCCGGGCCUCAGCCGUGGCUUUAGGACAGUCUACAAAGCCAAAGCGGGAGGUUUGCGCUUCUCGCACCUGCUGGACCAGGUCUCUAGGAUUGAUCCAGAAAUGCGGAUCCGUUUCACCUCUCCACACCCCAAGGAUUUUCCCGAUGAGGUCCUGCAACUCAUCCAGGAGCGACACAACAUCUGCAAACAGCUGCACCUCCCAGCCCAAAGUGGGAGCACACGAAUCCUGGAGGCCAUGCGGCGAGGAUACACAAGAGAAGCAUAUUUAGAGCUCGUGCACCACGUGCGUGACUCUAUUCCAGGAGUGAGCUUGAGCAGUGAUUUCAUUGCUGGGUUCUGCGGAGAGACAGAGGAGGAUCACCUGCAGACAGUGUCCUUGCUGCGGGAAGUCCGCUACAGCAUCGGCUUCCUGUUUGCCUACAGCAUGAGACAGAAGACCCGGGCGCAUCACCGGCUGCAGGACGAUGUCCCCGCGGAUGUGAAGAAGCGGCGGCUGGAGCAGCUCAUUGCUGCCUUCCGGGAGGAGGCUGCGAGGGCCAACGCGGCACUGGUGGGACAGGCCCAGCUGGUGCUGGUGGAAGGGCCCAGCAAACGCUCUGCCUCGGAGCUGUGCGGGAGGAACGACGGCAACAUCAAGGUGAUCUUCCCCGACACCGAGCUGGAGGAUGCUGCCAAGUGCGGGGCUCCAGGCAGAGCCCAGCCCGGGGACUAUGUGAUGGUGAAGGUAACCUCUGCCAGCUCGCAGACCCUGCGGGGAGUUCCGCUCUGCCGGACCACCCUGUCCCGUGCUGCUGCUUCUCACUGAGGGAUCCCUGCUGCCCUGGGUGGAAGCAGCACAUAUUCUCCAUGAAGAAACAAGGAAGUGUGGUCAGGUGGAGAUAUGGUAGAACCAGGGAGAUAUAUAUGUAUAUUAAAAUUUAUUUAUAAAAUAGUAAAAUACACAUAUAUUUCU